CCACCGGCUCCGUCACCGCUGUCAGCGGCUUCCCCCGGCGGGAGGAGAGAGCCCGGAGAGCACUUUUCCCCCGACUUUAGGAGUGUUUGUGGAUUUACAUGCCAAGCCUUCAAGAUGAUGUCCAUGAAUAGCAAACAGCCGCAUUUUGCCAUGCAUCCCACCCUACCUGAGCACAAAUACCCCACUCUACACUCCAGCUCGGAAGCAAUAAGAAGAGCAUGUCUACCAACUCCACCGCUGCAGAGCAAUAUCUUCGCCAGCCUCGAUGAGACCCUGCUGGCACGGGCCGAGGCUCUGGCCGCCGUCGACAUCGCUGUCUCGCAGGGCAAGAGCCACCCGUUCAAGCCCGACGCCACAUACCACACCAUGAACAGUGUGCCCUGCACCUCCACCUCCACCGUGCCCCUGGCACACCACCAUCACCACCACCACCACCAUCACCAGGCGCUGGAGCCCGGCGACCUCCUCGACCACAUCACCUCCCCGUCCCUCGCGCUCAUGCCCGGCGGCGGCGGCGGCGGAGGCGGCGGCGGCGGCGGCCACGACGGGGCGGGCGGCGGCGGCGGCGGGGCCGGCAGCGGCGGGGGCGGCGGCGGCGGCGGCGGAGGCGGCGGCGGCCUCAUCUCCACCUCGGCCCACCCGCACUCGCACAUGCACGGUCUGGGCCACCUCUCGCACCCGGCCGCCAUGAACAUGCCGUCGGGGCUGCCGCACCCGGGGCUGGUGGCCGCGCACCACGGGGCAGCGGGGCAAGUGGCCUCGGCGGCGGCGGUGGUGGGGGCGGCCGGCCUGGCCUCCAUCUGCGACUCGGACACGGACCCACGAGAGCUGGAGGCCUUCGCCGAGCGCUUCAAGCAGCGCCGCAUCAAGCUGGGGGUGACCCAGGCCGACGUGGGCUCGGCUCUGGCCAACCUGAAGAUCCCGGGGGUGGGCUCCCUCAGCCAGAGCACCAUCUGCCGCUUCGAGUCCCUCACCCUCUCCCACAACAAUAUGAUCGCCCUCAAACCCAUCCUGCAGGCCUGGCUGGAGGAGGCCGAGGGCGCCCAGCGGGAAAAAAUGAACAAGCCCGAGCUCUUCAACGGGGGCGAGAAGAAGCGCAAGCGGACUUCCAUCGCCGCCCCAGAGAAGCGCUCACUGGAGGCGUACUUCGCCGUCCAGCCCCGGCCCUCCUCCGAGAAGAUCGCCGCCAUCGCCGAGAAAUUGGACCUCAAAAAGAACGUGGUGCGGGUUUGGUUUUGCAACCAGAGACAGAAGCAGAAACGGAUGAAAUUUUCCGCCACCUAUUAG